AUGUCGUCUCCUCAGAGGCCAGGCAAGACUGCCCCGCGUCUUGUGCAAGACAUUCAUGAUUACGAUCCCGCCCACCCUCCAGCUUCAGGCCGCAACCUUCUCUCGGAAGUCCCCCCCGUCUUCCCAGAUCAAUACAAUGGGCCGCUUGAAUUCAUUUCCCCUGCGGCUUGCCGUCAUACAUAUGUGACCAAGCCAAAUCAGAGCUUCCUACCUCAGCCGGACCGAAGAGCCAACUCUGGCAACCCCGCCAAGGUCUCGGCCAUAUGCCCCAAAUGCCGGUACCACCUACAACUAGUCAUCAGCUCAAUACCCGGAAUCGGACAAUCGAGCCAGAACCUCCCAGGUCACAUCCAUCAUCUGGUGUACAAAUCCGGACGGCAGAGAGGUGGUGUCUCUCCCGAGGAGAUCACCCCCAAAGGACAGACCACAGAGACAUUUCACUACGAGUGCUCCUAUCUCAGCUGCCCCGUCGUGGUGUCUGUACGAGCUUCCUCCCCCGUGCUCAAUGAUGACUGGGUACAUUUGUUGACCGAUCCGGAACUGUUGCGAGAACGAGCGGCCGAGGCAGCUGCAGCACACCCCGAGCGCCUGGAAGGGAUGUCCAUGCCGCAACCGAUCAAUGUCCUCGAUAAUCUGCGCGCAUAUAUCAGCAAUUCCUUUGACUCUAAACAGCAGAAUAAGUCGAUAUCAGCGAUCAACAAGAGAUUCAUGUCGUGUUUUGGCGUCGAAGGAAAGCCGUGCAAAGAACUACUGGAGUUCAUAGGGUUCACCGUCAAGAACGAGGGUUUCUGGGAACCACCGCGUCCGAACCCAUGGACGGAAAAUCCUUACCGAGAUCAACUGAAGAUCUUCCUCGAUGACGUUUUGCAUGAGCUUUCUGCUCUCAUCGAGCAACGGCCCGUGUUGGAGAAGAAGGGACAUCAGCUGGAAUAUCCUUACCAUCAAUCACGCGAUGACCUUCUUUAUGUCUUGGAGGCCCGGGAGUAUCAAAGGGCGUCCCGGUCCGACGAGUUCCAGAUGUCACCUGCACCUUAUUACGAAGACUUAGGUGUUGUUGAAGACAUGUCGUCUCAGUCGAUUAUCGAGGCUUUUAAUCGGCAAAUCGCAAUGGAUCCAGCGCGAAUGACCGCCUAUUUCAAGAGCCUCAAGGCAAUCGGGGAUCUCCGGGUAGGCUACGAGAGUGAGGCUAUCGAACAGGCCGUGCAAGUGGCUUAUUCCGAAGGAAAAUUCACCGACGAAGAUGUCGUAGAUGCUUAUAAGUAUUUCGGAUUGAGUCAUGAUGACUCUUGGCUUACCGAUGAUAGUAUCAUCGGAAAGUUCUAUGCCUACUUGAGCUCUACGACUCAGGAAACGGAAUCCCGCCGACAGUUGUGGAGGAUAGGCGAGAGCAGACGUAGUGAGCGCAUCAAAUCAGUGGCAGAAGAUAGAGUGGCAACCGUUGAACAGGCCCAGGUUUACCUCGGCGUUGGCAAUGAAACGAGCGACGAUUUUAUAAUGGCGAUAUAUACUGCCAAGGUCGACGAUACGCCGUCUUGUAAAGACGUCGCUCGGCGAGCUGUUGAACUUAUUGCCGAAGCGCGAAAAUCCGAUGCUCUCAAGCACUUCAUACAGACCGGUGAGAUGACGACUAGUGAGAUGGAUAUCGGAGAUGCCUACCGCCUUCUCCAGAUACCGGAUCGCACAGUUGACGAAGGUGCAAUCAUGGCGGCCUAUACGAUCUGUGUGGACGAAGCCCCAGCGCAGGCUGAAAAAUACAACGAAGCCUUACGCGUAAUAGCCAAAGAAAAGAACAGCCCUUUACUGAGCAGCAUGGUUUCAGGGAGUGACACGAAGCCGGACCGUAAUAUGGCGGAAUGGCCGGUUGGGUUGCAGAAUAUUGGCAACACCUGCUAUCUCAAUAGCUUGCUGCAGUUCUACUUCUCUGUACGCCCAUAUAGGGACAUGGUCUUGGACUUUGAGAAUUUCAGGAUGGAUUUGAGUGACGAGGGUCUGAGUCGGAAGCAGGUGGGAUCUCGCAAAGUGGCGAAGAAGGAGGUGGAGCGUUCCCAGAGAUUCCUCAGGGAGUUGCGGACUUUAUUUUCGGACAUGAUCACGUCCUCGUCCUCCUGCGUCACUCCGGGUCAGGAGUUAGCACGAUUAACGCUGAUAAGCCCCUCUAACGAGGCAGCAAUCCGUCGCCGGUCAACCAUCUCCACAAAUAGGCCUGCGGGCGCACUCGGUGAAAUCAACGGUGCACCAGUACUAGGACCUCUCGGGCCUCCGCAACCAAUUCCAGAGACGGAACCAGAGGACACGGCGGGUGUCGAAAUCGAGGCGUCCAAGCGCUCGACCACGAGUGAAGUAGAUAGCGAGGCCACCCUUGUUUCUGACAGUGUCAAACAUGAUACCAAGCCUUCUCAUAUCGAGGGCAAAGAGAAUGAGCCUCCACUUGAUUCUGUGAUGGUGGAUGCACAGAAUGAGACAGGCUCCGAGGCCGUUGAAGAGCCACCCAAAGACACAGCCCCUCUCGACCAAGCCGAGCCAAACAAUCAACCACCUCCAGUGCCCCCGCGCCCUACUCCACAAAUCGAUCCCCAAAGACAGCUUAUAGAGGAAGUAGAGAUUGGAGCCCAGCAGGAUGUCACGGAGGUCAUCAACAAUGUGCUUUUCCAGAGCCAGUGCGCUAUCAGGCCUAUCUCACACGCUGCAGAUGGCGAACAAGUCGACCAAGUGAAAGACUUGUUUUAUGGCCAGACUCGAUCGUAUAUAGCAUCGGAUAAAGGUAUACGAUCUAAGGAAGAGUGGUGGUGCGAUAUCAAAGUCGAUGUUGCGACUGGCCCUCGCGACAUAUACGCAGCGAUCGAUGGGGCUUUUGACGUUCAGAAAGUGAAUGUUGAAAAUUCGGUCGCUGAGCAAUAUGGGGCUAUAAGCAAACUACCUCCGGUGCUUCAGAUCCAGGUUCAACGUGUCCAAUUCGACCCAAUGACAAAACGCUCAUUCAAGUCUACGCAUCACCUCGGGUUGAAGGAAACCAUAUACCUUGAUCGGUAUAUGGACACGCAACAACCCGAGUUUGUGAGUCGACGACAACAGUGCUGGCAAUGGAAGAAUUCGCUCAAGGAUCUCGAAGCACGCCGCGCGGAGCUGUUACGCGAAUUGGAGUCCGAUGGCCAGGAUACAGCGGCGCUACUCGGCAGUGCGAGGGAAGUACUCGAAGACCUUGUCUCUAUGAAGGAAGAACCAGACAUCGCUCAAGACGCUAUUGAUAUCAAACCUGGGAUUCUACCCGAACUCGAUCAGCUCUCGCAGAUAGCGAAGGCUGACUUAAACUAUAUCGAGGACCAGAUCAAGAAUACCCAGACGAUGAUCUCCAGCCAGUUUGCCGACUAUAAGAACCUAGCCUAUCGGUUAUACGCGGUGUUUGUCCACCACGGGUCGGUCUCGUUCGGCCAUUACUAUAUUUACAUCUUCGACUUUAACCGGAAAGUCUGGAGGAAGUACAAUGACGAAUACGUGACCGAAGUACAAAACCUGGACGAGAUCUUCAGCGACGAGGGACAGCACAACCCUCCCACGCCAUAUUUCCUCGUGUAUGUCAACGACGUGUUGAAGGAUCGCCUAGUCGACCCCGUCUGCAGAGAGGUCUUUGAAGCCCCAACAGACAACACGACCCCAUUGAUGGAAGACGCCACCUCGUCAACGAUCACUCCUGGAGAUGCGGAUAGGAACCCACCAGCGUACGAUGAGAUCUGGACUGAUAAUGGCGCACCAGGUACGGGAGCCGACUUCCCCAUGGAAAAACAUAGACAAGGCCUCGAUGCAGGAGACGGCAUAGCUACCAGAGGAUGGCAGAUGCAGAGUUCAGGGCUAACGCCGCCGGACCGACUCUCGACACCAAAUCCUCUGAAACGCAAGGGUUCCGAUGAUGUGAUGGGCUGA